AUUUCAACAGCAAAUAAAAAGAGAGAUUUCGAAAACCAAGUAGAGCGUGUUCAAGCUGUCACAAGAGUUAUCAAGGGUAAGGAGGGACUAAUACUAGACCCUAAGAAUAAAUAUGUCAGGGAACUCAUCAAACGAUCAUCUGUAAGAACACUCAAGGAUGGCACAGAGGUGUUGGUAUUUAGAAGUGAACAAGGUAUUGAUAAAAGUGGGACACAAAUAAUGAAACGUGGUAAGACCAAGAAUCUAGUGUACUCAAAGGACUCACCUGCUCUGAGAGAAUAUAAGAACCUUCUAAAGAAAAUAAAAGAGGUACCUACGAAUCCCGACAAUAUAAUUGGAAGUGAUGAAUCAAUUUAUGAGGAUACUAAAGAAGAGCCGCAAUUUGAUGAAAGUAGUGAGGAAUACGCUAACCGUGAGAACAUUGAGUUAAUAGAUAUAGAUGCAAAAUUAGGAGAUCUUCCAGGGCUAACAAUGCAAGAAAACAAUGAACUGAGGGGUGUUCUUAACCCACCUGAUGGAUCAAGCAUAGAAGGCAGAACAGGUCCCAAUGGAGCGUUACAAGUUCAGGCUGACUACUUUAAUGAAGCUAUUAAUGAAACCGUGAAACGAGCCGGCUCUGUGGAAGGUGUAACUGAGUACAAUGCUCUUAUAGAAAGAAUUGAUAGUCUAAAGGAAGCUAGGGAUAGGACACUAGAGCAGAGAACUGUAGAGGAAGCAAGAGAGGCACAGUUGGAAGACAUUUCCAGAUUACGCAGAUUUAUAGACUGGGUAGGAAAGGAAAAAGUGCGACUUGUAGGGAUAGCAGUGUCAACAGCUAGUUUAAUUACAGCCUUAUUAA